AUGGCCGGAUCAAAGACGAAAAGGACAAUAAGUUCCGGCCUGCCGCCCCUUGGGAAACAAGACCACCAUGAGCAAGAGAGCCAGCUGGCCCCGAGUACCGACGCGUCGGUAGCCCGGCCAGACCAAACCACGAAAGGAAAACGCAAGAGAGCCGAGAGCGUUCCAGAGGUGUCGAAGUCUAAUCAAGACGCCCAGGUUGGCGAGGGUCAGAAAGGAGAAGCUGAACAGGGCAACGGCAACUCGGACGCAACUUCUUCUAACCACCCGAAACAACCGGCAAAAAAGACCAAAACCAAGAAAGCUGCUGCGUCCUCGACGAAAGCCAAAAAGCAGCAGCGGAAACCGUCUUCGCCAUGGCCUGACCCAUUCAAGAAACUAUCUCGCACCCACCGCGCCCUGAAUCUGGUUUACACGUUCUGCUGCACGAGGAAACAUUUCGCGACGACGUUCGAUAAUAUCAAAAAGGCUGUGCAGGCGCAGAGUGGGACAGAGCUUACAAUUGAGGAUAUCGCACGGGUUAAGGUUCUCGUACCACCGGCUGUGCGGUUCGAGUAUGUGGAUGAGGCGAGUUUGGAUGUUUUGAGCGCGGGGGAGAGGGAAGAGGUCCGUGGGUUUGGAAGAGACGGAUGGGCGCCAAAGUACGGGGCAGAUGCUGAGGAGGCGCUCGCAAUACAUGCAUUGUUGUUUGAGUUUGUGGAUGGGGAUUUGAAGAAGGAGAAGGGUUCGAGCUCGGGCUCGGGUUCAAGAGAUAAGGAUGAGGAUUUGAAGAUGCCAGUUUUCAGUCAGAAGCAGAUGCUGGGGUUAAUUGAGAAGCGGAAUGGCAAGUUUGCGGAAGCGAUUGAUGCGUUUCUUGUUCGGUGUGAAGAUGAGGGCAUUGAUCCUGUGGAGUUGUUGGAGAAGGAGAAGGAAGCUCAUGUCCCUGUUUCUCCCGAGGGUGAUGAUGCUGAGGACGAUGUGUUGGCGUGUGCAGCCUCUUCGAAAGUGAAAGGGCCAAUACCGAAGGACCGCAAGACGAUGGCUGAAAUAAUUGACGAGAUACGUGGCUUAGAGUGGUAUACGGGGCAGAUUGUCCCUGAAGGCCAUAGGGCCUUUGACGCUCAGCAGGCUGUCUACGGGGACUUGAAGUUUGCGCUUUCGCAGGGUCUUGUGAAUGCCUUGUACAAUAUGAAGGGGAUUACACAGCUCUAUUCUCACCAGGUGGAAGCGAUCAAUCACCUCCACGACGGACAGAAUGUCAUUGUCUCGACAUCAACUAGUUCUGGCAAGUCGCUGAUAUAUCAGGUUCCGAUGCUGCAUGAACUGGAACAGGACCCAACUAGUAGGGGCAUGUACAUCUUCCCUACGAAAGCCCUUGCGCAGGAUCAAAAACGCAGUAUGCAGGAACUCCUUCAGUACCUGGACAAUUUACAGAGUACGAUGGUUGAAACGUUCGAUGGCGACACACCCAUGGCGAAUCGCAAUCUCAUCCGAGAGGAGGCACGCAUCAUCUUCACGAACCCCGAUAUGCUACAUAUCACGAUUCUUCCGCAGGAGAACGCAUGGCGAACGUUUCUUCAGAACCUUAAAUUCGUGGUUGUGGAUGAACUCCACGUUUACAACGGGCUUUUCGGAUCCCACGUGGCGUUCAUCAUGCGCCGCCUGCGCCGCAUCUGUGCUGCUGUCGGGAACAAAAAUGUCCGAUUUAUAUCCUGUUCUGCUACCGUGGCUAACCCCGAGGAACACAUGCGGGCUAUCUUUGGUGUUGACGAUGCGCAGCUGAUAGACUUUGAUGGAUCACCUUGCGGUCGGAAAGAAUUUCUUUGCUGGAAUACGCCGUUCAAAGACCCUGGUGACCCGACAUCUGGCAGGGGAGAUAGCGUCGCUGAAACUGCACGACUCUUCUGCCAGCUUAUCCUCCGAGGUGCCCGUGUGAUUGCUUUCUGCCGUAUUCGGAAAUUGUGCGAGAUCCUACUGCAGGCAGUUCGGAACGAAUGCACUCGCCUUGAGCGGCCAGAGGUUGGGAACAUGAUAAUGGGCUAUCGCGGCGGGUAUAGCCCGCAGGACCGGAGGAAGAUUGAAGCGGAGAUGUUCCAGGGGCAGUUACUAGGCAUUGUGGCCACCAAUGCGCUGGAAUUGGGUGUGGAUAUUGGGUCUCUUGACGCCGUAAUCACGCUCGGAUUCCCCUACUCGAUAUCCAAUCUCCGGCAGCAGAGUGGUCGUGCAGGUCGUAGGAAUAAGGACUCGCUCUCUAUCCUUGUCGGAGACAGGUACCCAACAGACCAGUUCUACAUGAGAAACCCAGAAGAGCUUUUCUCAAAGCCCAACUGCGAGCUACAGGUCGACCUCGCCAACGAACUAAUUCUAGAAGGGCACGUUCAAUGUGCAGCCUUUGAACUGCCCCUCGAACCGGAGCAAGAUGAGGCCUAUUUCGGGCCCCAGCUCUCUGAAUUCGCGUCUACCAGACUAAUCCGCGACUCGAUGGGCUUCUAUCACUGCCAUGGCCGAUUCCGACCCCAGCCAUCUCGGUGCGUCCCCAUCCGCGACACGGAAGACCAGCACUUUGCUGUUAUCGACACGACAAACGCCCGGAACAUUGUCCUCGAGGAAGUCGAGGCUUCACGCGCUUUCUUCACCCUCUACGAGGGCGGCAUCUUCCUCCACCAGGGCCAAACAUACCUCGUUAAAGAACUAAACCCAGACAGCUUCUUCGCUCGUGUUGUCCGCGUCACAGUCGAUUGGAACACCAUGCAGCGCGACUUCACAGAUAUUGAUCCCAUCGAAACAGAGCACAUCCGUCUCAUCACCCCUAGCACUCCUCCUAGCCUAGACAACGACAAUACGAAUAAACCACCAGAUUUAUCCCCACCAAACACCCGCGCGUUCUUCGGCGCUGUGCGUAUACACGCCGUCGUCUACGGCUUCUUCAAAAUCGACAAACGCGGCCGUGUCCUCGACGCCGUGGCGGUUGACAAUCCGCCCAUAACCCUUUUCACAAAAGGGAUGUGGCUCGACGUGCCCAAAACAGCGCUGGACAUUCUCGAAUCGAGACGCCUCAACAUCGCAGCCGCAAUCCACGCAGCCGAACACGCCGUACUCUCCUUAUUACCCAGCUUCGUGAUCUCGUCGCCCGGCGAUGUCCGCACGGAGUGCAAAGUUGCGAAAAAGGAGCUUGGGAAGGAUUUGAAGCGCGCUGUGCAGAAUCGUGGUCAUGGUGAUGCUGUCGAUGAUAGUAUACCAGUUCUCCGGCCUCCGGCCCGACAACGGCCGGCGCGGUUAAUGUUCUACGAUGCGAAAGGUGGCUCAUGCGGGUCUGGAAUCGCGCGGAAGGCGUUUGAGUUCGUUGAUUCGCUCCUUCGCCGUGCUGUUUCCCGGAUAGAGGCUUGUAGUUGUGUUACGCCAAAGGGGUGCUUGGAGUGUGUGUGCGACGAGCGGUGUAAGGAGAUGAACUCGGUGAUGAGUAAGGCUGGGGCGGCAGUGGUAUUGCGAUGUUUGCUUGGAUGGGAGGUUGAUGUUGAUGCGUUGCCUUGGGGCGAGGUGGAUGAAGAUGGAGAUGAUGUGUUGGGGGAGUUGGCUGGGGGAUUGGAGACGGUUGUUUUGGCCAGGGAAGUUCCUUUGAGGAAUUCUUAUGGAUGA